GUGCGAAUGACCUCAUCCGAAACCAUAAUCUCUGAGUGCAGCAAAAAUAUGAAGGCGUCCAAAACCAAGAGAGUCUGUCCAUAAAGUGGCAUGCGAUGAAUAUGAUUUCUUUCUUCAUGUAACAAAUGCGGAUUCUCCCCGCUUUCGCUGCUCAUUUUGUAGAUACAUGACGUAUGACCAAUACGAAGACAACAUAGUGAAACGUGUUGUUCCUUGGCAAACCGCCUAUCAACAGCUGAAGACUGUGCGGUAUAUGUCAAAAAUGCUCAUUUCUACAGUUGAAACCUCAACGAUAAAGGCGAAAAUGUUUGACCCUGCGCUGACAAUGAUGCGCGCAUUACGUUGACCAGGGAAAAUCUCACGGCGCUAGGACCGGGCUUUUCUGAGUGCGGAAAAUUCUAUAGGGAUCUCAGUUCCAUCAGAGGAGCUUGCAGCCAGAGAAGCUGACAGCCGCUGCGCAGAGCAUCACAGGGCAGCGAGCACACACUGCCCAGAACACAGACGAACCGGAUCCACCAGGGCACAAGUCCGGAGCCCUCCAUAUGGGCUCACAAUGCGCAGGAUUCGGGCCAACGCCAUCGCUAUUCUGACCGUCGCUUGGAUCCUGGGCACAUUUUAUUACCUGUGGCAGGACAAUAAACCACGUUCAUCCGCCUCUUCGGCGUCGCAGCCGCGGGCUGCAGGCGUUAAAUCGCACGGGCAGAAAGGGUCUGCCGGACGCGUGGAAAUACAUCGAGAGGAUCGGACCAUUCCACUGAUAGUCACUCAUGCCCCUCACGGGGAGCUGCAGAGCCAGCUGGUGGGCAGCUUUGAUGAGAAGGCCUACCUGUCCAGCAAGCAGCUGAAGCCUGGGGAGGACCCGUACAGGGAACAUGCCUUCAACCUGCAGGAGAGCGACCGCCUGGGCAGUGAGCGGCCCAUCAGAGACACACGCCACUACAGGUGCGCUUCGGUGAGUUUUGAUCCAGACCUGCCCCCCACCAGCAUCAUCAUCACGUUCCACAACGAGGCCCGGUCCACUCUCCUGCGCACCAUCAAGAGUGUGUUGAUGAGGAGUCCUCCCUCUCUGGUGCAGGAGAUUAUCCUGGUGGAUGACUUCAGCUCUGACCCGGAGGACUGCCAGCUGCUCGCCCAGAUCCCCAAAGUGCGCUGCCUACGGAACGGACGCCGCGAGGGGCUGAUUCGCUCGCGGGUGCGGGGAGCCAACGCUGCCUCGGCCACCGUCCUGACCUUCCUGGACAGCCACUGCGAGGUCAACGCGGACUGGCUGCAGCCCCUCAUCCAGAGGGUCAAGGAGGACCACACCAGGGUCGUCAGUCCCAUCAUCGAUGUCAUCAGUCUGGACAACUUUGCGUACCUGGCAGCCUCUGCUGACCUGAGGGGAGGGUUUGACUGGAGUUUGCACUUUAAGUGGGAGCAGAUCCCCAUUGAGCAGAAGAUGGCCAGGAACGACCCCACUCAGCCAAUCAAGACUCCUGUCAUUGCUGGUGGAAUCUUUGUGAUGGACAAAAGCUGGUUCAACCACCUGGGCCAGUACGACACACACAUGGACAUCUGGGGAGGGGAGAACUUUGAGCUGUCCUUCCGUGUGUGGAUGUGUGGGGGCAGUCUGGAGAUCCUGCCCUGCAGUCGCGUGGGCCACGUCUUCAGGAAGCGCCACCCCUACGAUUUCCCAGAGGGCAACGCUCUGACAUAUAUCAAGAACACGCGUCGGGCGGCGGAGGUGUGGAUGGACGAGUAUAAGCAGUACUACUACGCCGCUCGGCCCUCUGCUCAGGGCAAGGCCUUCGGGAGCAUCACAGAGCGGGUGGAGCUGCGGCACAAGUUAAACUGCAACUCGUUCCGCUGGUACCUGGAGAACGUCUAUCCUGAGCUCAGGAUCCCUGAGCAAGAGGCCGUGUACAGCGUGCUGAAGCAAGGUGGCCAGUGUCUGGAGACUGAGGGGACGGACAUGUUGGGCCUGGCCGACUGCAAGGGCAGCAGCGCCAGCAGAGUGCAGGCACAGAGAUGGACGCUGUCCGAGCCUCAGAUCCGGCAGCAGGACCUCUGUCUCGCCAUCAGCGCCUUCACUCCGGGGUCAAAGGUCAAGAUGGAGCCCUGCAACUUCAAGGAGCCCAGACAGAAGUGGAGGCCUAAAGGCACCGCCCUGCAGCACAUGGUCAGCGGUCUCUGCCUCGACAGCCAGCCCCCCGCCGGUCCACCAAUCAUCACCCAGUGUCACCCCCAGUUGGCCAGCCAAUCGUGGGAGCCCCAGCUCAUCACCUGACCUUGGGAGAGACGAGGAUGAAGAAGAGGAGGAGGAAGCAGUUUCGGGUGGACGAAGCCAGAUGGAUUGACUGUGUGGAGAGUGUUUGGUGGUGGUGGUGGUGGUGGUGGUGCGUCGCCUGCACUGGGACUCUGAGGGGUGAGGGGCAUGUCUUCACACUGUAGUGGGCGGGAGAUGCUGCUGUCUUAGUCGUAGAGGACUUUAUUUUUGUCCAAAGGUUAAUGCCAUUGUGUUCGGUCCAAGGGGUGUUUUGUGACAUUUCUUUCUGUGGUCAGUAAGAUUGAUGAUAUUGGGGAUGGAUAGACAGAUGGAGGGAGAGAGAGAGAGAGAGGGAAGGGAGAGAGAGAGGGCAAGAUUUAUUGCACCUUUUACCCUCUUAAACAGCUCAUAUCUGUAUAUUCUCUCAUUCUCAUGGCCAAUGUGGUUCUCAUUGAUUAACUUAAAUCCCAUGGAAGCUAUUGACUGUUCAUCGUUUUAAUGGCUGUCUUGACUCUGAGUUUCACAGUGCAUUCCUCAAAGUGAUGUUGUAUAUAUUGUAGAAAGCUCCAGCCAUAAUCUUUUUUUAAGUCUUUAAUUUCAAAAUAUAAAAUAUUUGUAGGCAGUAUGAGGAUGCUCAUAAAUUCUUAUGCUGUUUUUAGAGCCAAGAGAAACAUUACAGUUGCUGUCUGGGCUGACAGUCAGAAGUUUGGCUCAUUGUCAUUCCAAAUAGAUCAGACGAGGCUUGGAAGAGAGGGCACGGUUUAAUAAAGCACUGGAACGUUUCAUGCUAAAUGGACUGAACUGCAGACGGUUUAUGGGAUGUGUGCUAUACAAUGCACAGGUCCAUGCACAGCAUCUGACAUUUAUUUUGCAUGGCCUCCAAAACCAAAACGCAUUCAGCUGGAGGUAAACGAUGCAGUGAGCCCAAAGAAUGUUUUAUUGCUAUUUUUGUGUUUUUAAAUUCUUUUUGUAAAUACUUGAGGCUUGAAUAAGCUUUGUUUUGGAAUAUCUGACCAUCCAUGUCAUUUGAAAAAACAAAUAAAAAAUGGCAACC